AUGAGCGAGACGAGAGAGAUGAGCGAGACGAGAGAGAGGGGCGAGACGAGAGAGAUGAGCGAGACGAGAGGGAUGAGCAAGACGAGAGAGAUGAGCGAGACGAGAGGGAUGAGCGAGACGAGAGAGAUGGGCGAGACGAGAGUCAUGAGCGAGACGAGAGAGAUGAGCGAGACGAGAGAGAUGAGCGAGACGAGAGGGAUGAGCGAGACGAGAGGGAUGAGCGAAAUGAGGGAGAUGAGAGAUGAGCGAGACGAGAGAGAUGAGCGAGACGAGAGGGAUGAGCGAGACGAGAGAGAUGAGCGAGACGAGAGAGAUGAGCGAGACGAGAGAGAUGAGCGAGACGAGAGAGAUGAGCGAGACGAGAGAGAUGAGCGAGACGAGAGUCAUGAGCGAGACGAGAGAGAUGAGCGAGACGAGAGAGAUGAGCGAGACGAGAGGGAUGAGCGAGACGAGAGGGAUGAGCGAAAUGAGGGAGAUGAGAGAUGA